AUGGAUGAUUCGUCAAUUUGGAUCAAACAGCCUCGACAUAUUUAUUCUGCAAAUGGGCAGUUGAAUUGCAGAGUACAGGGUACAUGGGCAGGCCCUAUAAAUUCACAGCUGUACAGUGACUCAUUGAUAAGGCUUAGCAAAUGCACAGAACAGAAUCUGUCUCGGUUGGAAAGAUCUAGAAAGCAAGAAUGCAAUGUCCUGCCAUAUCAGUUUGAAAGAAAACCUGCAUCUGAACUUUCUUCAUCUGUUGGCUCUAAUGUUGUUGCCACCUGGAAGACUGGUUAUUCUGUGUCUAGAUCAGCACAAGAUGAUGACACGCUUUCAACAGAAUCACUAACAGCUCCUGUCAACUUUUGCUAUUUGUGUUCAACCGUGGAUCAGGAUCACAGUCAUAAAUUCAGACAGCGAGCACUAAAGAAGAAAGAAGGGAAACCAAGAAUUUGUUACAUUGCACCUCAACCCAGGGUUAGACCAAAGUUAACUGAAGAACCUCCUACAGACUUUGACAACAGAUACAAAGUUGUUGUGUGGACAGGAAACAAACGCGGUACAACCACAAGUGCUAAUGUUUACAUCACUCUAAAGGGAAGUAGAAACAUUUUACAUAAAACCAGAUUAUGCCAUGGUAGUGCAGCAAGCAAACCUUUCUGUUUUUGUCAAGGUGCUAGAGAUGUUUUCUUCUUGAGGUCUCCGACACUGGGUAAUCUGGAAAUGUUAACAGUUGAACUUGACUCAGAUGUUCAAAAGCAGUGUAGCUGGUACUGUGACAAGAUAGAAGUAAUGUGCCUGAAAACUUUUAGAUGCUGGCUCUUUGAAUGUCACAACUGGCUUUCUUUAAGCCAUGGAGACUAUAGAAUAGUGAGAGAUCUAACUGCUGUCAACUUAAACAAGAGAGUCCAAGAGUUUGAGUUGACAGUUACCACUGGCUCUAAGAAGCUGGCAGGAACAGAUGCAAAUGUGUUUGUUACUUUGCAAGGCAGCACUGGGAGGUCACCAAAAAUCAAACUUAUUUCCGAAAGCUCUAGAAAACUAUUCCAGAGAAACAGUGUUGACAGAUUCCUAGUGAAGUGCACUGACAUUGGAGAGAUACGAUCCCUGAG